AUGACGGAUAAUCACCCCCCUUCUACUUCGCAGUCGACGCUGCCUGCGCCUGUUACUGAAACCGCGCCGAUCCAGUCAACUCCGACCCCAUCCGCCUCUGUUACUGCAACUGCUGCUGCUGCCGCCGCGGCAGUGAACAGCCCCUCCUUGAACGGUGGUGGCGAGCAGCUGUCCUGCCAAUGGGUCGGAUGUACUGAGAAAUCGCCCACGGCCGAGUCUCUUUAUGAGCAUGUUUGUGAGCGUCACGUCGGACGUAAGAGCACUAACAACCUCAACUUGACGUGUCAGUGGGGUACCUGCAACACGACAACAGUCAAGCGUGAUCAUAUCACGUCGCACAUACGUGUGCAUGUGCCACUCAAGCCUCACAAGUGUGAUUUCUGCGGCAAGGCCUUCAAGCGCCCCCAGGAUCUGAAGAAACAUGUCAAGACUCAUGCCGACGACUCCGAGAUCCGAUCUCCCGAACCCGGUAUGAAGCACCCUGAUAUGAUGUUCCCUCAAAAUCCCAAGGGAUACGCUGCCGCCACGCACUAUUUCGAAAACCCUAUCAACGGAAUCAACGGGCAAUAUUCCCACGCACCGCCUCCUCAAUAUUACCAGCCACACCCCCCGCCACAGGCUCCCAACCCUCACUCCUACGGCAACGUUUACUAUGCCCUUAGCCAGGGACAAGAUGGAGGCCACGCCUACGACCGUAAGCGCGGAUACGAUGCACUGAACGAGUUUUUUGGCGACUUGAAGCGUCGCCAGUUCGAUCCUAACUCUUAUGCUGCGGUCGGACAGCGUCUUCUGGGCCUCCAAGCCCUCCAGCUUCCUAUUCUCAACGCCCCCGUUGCUGAAUAUCAGCAAAUGCCUGCCUCUGUCGCGGUCGGCGGCGGCGGUGGUUACAGCCCCGUUGGUUCGCAGCCCCCUGGCUACCAUCUCCCCCCUAUGUCCAACGUCCGGACCAAGAAUGACCUGAUCAACAUUGAUCAAUUCCUCGAGCAAAUGCAGAACACUAUCUACGAAAGCGAUGAGAAUGUGGCUGCUGCUGGCGUUGCCCAGCCGGGCGCUCAUUACGUGCACGGUGGCAUGAACUAUCGCGCCACACACUCCCCUCCAACCCAGCUUCCGCCCAGCCACGUUACUGCAACCACCUCCGCCCCGAUGAUGGCCAAUUCGGCUCACUCCCCGUCGGUCGGCACCCCGGCUCUGACCCCGCCUUCCAGCGCGCAGUCAUACACCUCCAACCGCUCUCCCAUCUCCAUGCACCAGGCCCACCGCGUGUCGCCUCCGCAUGAAAGCGGGCCAGGCAUGUACCCCCGUCUGCCGUCGACCACUGUCGCCGACAGCAUGACCGCAGGCUACCCGACCACUUCGGGCGCCGCACCGCCCUCUACUCUUAGCGGCGCGUACGAUCACGAUGGCCGUCGUCGCUACACUGGUGGCACCUUGCAGCGCGCUCGUCCUGCCGAGCCUGCCGAGGACCGUAUGGAUAUGUCCCAGGAUAACAAGGACGGCGACCGCACCCCUAAGGGACGCCAAGCUGUCCACAUCUCGGAGAAUCUGAUCGACCCUGCUUUGUCUGGUACCGCGUCCGAUCCCGAUCACGACGUCAAGCGUACUGCGCAAGCUGCCUCCGAGGUCGCCGAGCGGGACGUCAACGUCGCCUGGGUCGAGAAGGUUCGCCUGCUCGAGAACCUGCGCCGCAUUGUCUCUGAGAUGCUGGAGGCUCCCGGUCUGAAUGCCGAGUACGAAGCCCAGAGCACCUCUGCUUCACCCACUCCGGGCCCGGAUGCUAUGGAGGGAGUCGAGUCUGGUGAUGCACAUGUCGCGCAGCCUAAGGAAGAGCACAUCAAGUCUGGAAACGAGGAUGUUUUCUAUCCCACGUUACGUGUGGAUGAGGAUGAUGAUGGAGAUUCCAAAAUGCCUGGUGAUGCGUAG